UCAAACCAUUCAUCUUGAUCUCAGUCAAGGAUAGAAGAAAACCAGUAUGGCAGUUCGUGUCUCCCUCCUUGCCGCAGCGCUCCUGGUAGCCGUGUCAUGCUUUCAUGCCACUGCCUCCGAUCCUAGCCUUCUCCAGGACUUCUGUGUAGUCGACAAGAUGUCCAAAGGUACACUGUCUCUAACUGAUGGUUAUUUUGCUCAUAAAGUGCGUGUCAAUGGGUUUCCAUGCAAGGAUGCAAAUGAUGCAAUGGUUGAAGAUUUCUUCUUCUCGGGUCUUCACAUGGCCGGCAACACAACCAACAAGCAGGGCUCCGCCGUCACACCAGUCAACGUAGCUCAGAUUGCAGCGCUCAACACAAUGGGCAUCUCUCUCGCUCGUAUCGAUUAUGCGCCCUUUGGUCAAAAUCCCCCUCACACUCACCCACGCGGUACUGAGAUCUUGACCGUGCUCGAGGGCUCACUCUAUGUUGGCUUUGUGACCUCAAAUCCAGACAACAAGCUGUUCACAAAGGUUCUCAACAAAGGAGAUGUAUUUGUGUUUCCUCAAGGGUUGAUCCAUUUCCAGUUCAACUAUGGAACAAAAAAUGCAGUGGCACUUGCAGCACUCAGCAGCCAGAACCCAGGGGUGAUUACUGUGGCCAAUUCUGUAUUCGGGUCAAAGCCAUCUAUUCCAGAUGAUAUCCUUGCCAAGGCUUUCCAAGUGGAUAAGAUGACUGUUGACCGCAUCCAGGCGCAAUUCUAGGGGACAU